AAGAUAUGCUUCAUAAGAGUAGAGGCUUUCCUAAGCUUUAACAUCGUCCAAAUUGUCAAUUACUUCAAAGAUUCCUUCUUCUACACCUUCAGAGUAGAAGCCAUGGAAACUUCCCAUCCUCUUUCUAUUGAAAGUUUCUCCUAUAGUUGGUUAGUGAACCUGAAGCCCUCACUAGAAAGCCUAGAUAGCUCUUUCAGAACUUCUGAUCUUGAUGCUUCUGAUGAAACAUUUUCCUCUUACAUUGAGAUGGACCCAAGAAUGCCACCCUCCAAGAGAUUCUUCAGAAACUCCCAUGACUUCAAAUUUGACUUUCAAAUCUCACAAAACUCCCCUCUUGUUGAUGCAGAUGAGCUCUUUUCCAAUGGUUACCUCAUGCCUCUUUUUGUUGAAUCUAUAGAAGCAUAUAAUGCUUCAGAUGAAAAUCCAAGCCUACCUUCUUCUUCAUCUUCUUCUUCUUCUUCAUCACAUGUACCAAAAAAAGUGGUUCCUUCAGGUCCUUCUAGAUGUCCUUCUUUGAAAAGGUGCAAAACAUUAUCAAGGAGAAUGUUUCAGAAGUAUCUAAAUUUCUUAAGGCCUUUGUGCAAAAGAUUGAGGGGUCAGAACAAAUCAGGUUCAAAUCCUGAAGCUAUGGUUAAAAGAACUCAGUCAGUGAAGAAUAGGAGACACUAUUCUGAAUCAUCGCCGCGAAUUAGCGUAGCUUAUUCUGCAGAUGACUGGCGCAAGUCCUGUGAUUCUGAUAGUUCAAUUUAUGAAGCUGUUCUCCAUUGCAAAAGAUCUAUUGAGAGAAUGACUUAAAGCACUCGGCAAAAGCAAGAAUUUUCAUAUCAAACUAUGAAAGAGGGGGGAAGAGGAAGGGAUAGAGGAGCAAUAGAGUCACAAGUGAUCAGAGUUUUAAAUUGCAGUUGUGGUUGCGGUCGCGGGUUGCAAUUGCAGUUGCGUACUACAAUUUAAAACCCUGUUGAAGAUAUCCGAGGCCAAACUAUGACCAGGAAUAGAAUCACCUUCCUCCUCUGCUUGAAUGUCAAUAGGAAAUAAAUAUGUGGUAGGUGAGGCAUUAUUCAAGCUUUGCCAUCACAUUUGAGAGAAAAAAGUUUCUGGUACAAUUUUGUUUGUUUAUCUUGCUAAUGUGGGAAGUAUUAAGAAACACUUUUACAACAGAUGAGAAUCUGCAUCCCUAUCUUGGUAGAGAUCUUCAACUGACUUUGGAAUUAGAAAUGUGCGUGCGAAAGAUGAAUAAAUAUGUACAUAUAAUUCUGAUAAGUGAUAACCUUUAUAGUUAUCUACUUUAUUGCUUUUA